ACAAGGGGGGACUCGAACUAAGCAGUGACCAGUUUACGCUGCGUCUCCACCAUUCAGUGCAUCACUGGUAACUGUAGCUUGCGGUUAUCAUCAUUUCACGCUAGAAUCGUGAGUUUGUUUCGCGCUUCUUUCUUGCCGCAGAGUGCUUCAAAGCCGAGAAUAAUAAAUAUUUUCAUGUUUAGUGAAAUUAGUGAGUUUGGUGAAGAGCUUCUCCAGGAGAAUACCUGAUUAGGAAUUAAUACAUAGGAAUUAAUAAAGAAAGAAUCCUCCAUUGAGAGCAGACUACAAUGGUGGCAACAACAGAGAAAAGAUCACCUGUAAAAAUGGCUGGUUACUUGGAGAAACGAGGCAAAAUGCGCAUGGUCUGCCGUUGGAAGCGACUGUGGUUUGUGUUGAAGGGCCGACUGCUUCACUACUACAAAUCGCAGAUGGAUUACAUCAAUCUGUCACCAUGCCAUGGCUCACUCAACAUGGGCAUAGCCGCCAAUGUCCAUCCAGGAAAGGGACUCGAGUUGCAAAUUCUAACACGAUCGCAGACUAUUAUUCUGAGAGCAGUGAAUAAGCAGGAGCACGAACAAUGGUUACAAGCGUUGGUGGAUGCAAUGGCCCAGCAAGAUUAUAUUCAGACCCAUUCUAUGAAACCGGUGCAACAUUUUCGUUAUCCUUCAAACGAGGUCCUUUACAGUGAAAUAAAAGAUACCAAACUGAGAACAUCCAGUGACAAAGGUUCAACAUCAACAAAACAAAUGGAAAAGUACAAGAAGAGGAACGAAGACGAAGUCGAUGAUGGAAGCAGUUCGGCGAUGGACGACACAUCAAGUCUACUUUCAAAAUCAACUGUUUCCAAUUUUGGAUCGUGUUUACUAGAUCACUGUCCCUACAGAUAUAGAUCCGGAUCUAAACAGGGGUCUACUUCAAGAUUUUCAGACUUCUGCACAAACGCUAAACAGAAUAUUGUCAACAAAAGACUGGAGAAACUGACUUCCUGCAGGCCGAGUGUUGCAAGUAGUGAUACCUCGAUUCCGACUUCUCUAAUGAAACAGCAGAAAGUACUGCAUCAAAAUACUUUGUUGAGUUUGGAGGAUAAAAGCCAGAGUUUAAAAGAGCUGAGGUUAUCCACUAAUGACGAUAACCUUGAUAGCAGUGAGAUUGGUUCGAAAUUGUUGAAAGACAAAGAUAUUUGUUUCUCAGCAGAGAGUAGAUCUUGUUUGUUGGCUGAGAGUAAUAAACGAUUAGCCCCCACCAAAGAUAGUACUAACGAUUUAUCCAAAAAACUUGUCAACAGAUCUGAAAGUAUGUCCUCGUUGAGGAAUAAAGCACCAAUGGACAAGAAGCAGUUACAAGAGAUGAAAAUAUUAAUUGAGGGGAAGACGGUGUAUGGUAGCAGUGAUUCAAUUUAUAGGAGAACAUCAGCUUCUGAGAAGUCUAGGUUGCUGAAGGGAGAUAUUCUGUAUAAAAGGGAUGUUGAGAAGAUUAUAGCAAGACGAUUGGGGAGCGGUCUGUAUGAAAAUAAUGAAAUAAAAAGUGAUACAGACUUAUCAAUGAGGAACCAUACACAAUCAUAUACGGGAAGCUGCGGUCAUUUAUCAGCAGUUUCCGAGAGAGUGACUGUGGAAAAUUCUGUAGUAGAUUUCAAUAAUAAAACUACAGCAAGCUCAGAUAAUCUCACUGGUGAUGGAGUUGAUUCUGAACCUGGCAGUGCUCAAAACGGAGAGCUAACUUCACAACCAUGUAAAAGUGUUGAAGAUGACCGAAUAGCAUUAAAAUUGAGCACACCUGUAAGUAAGUUAAUCAAGGAAAAUGGGAGCUCGGGAUCUUCACGGGAAAGAGGGCUAGAGAGGAAGGGUACUUUGAAGAAGCGCUCUCUGAGUUUUCUAAAGCGAAUGUGGAAGUGGAAAGAAGAAAAGAUGGAGGGACUGAAAAGUGAGAAAGAAAAAAUGGAUAUCAGUGGUGAUGUGGAAAAAUUUGAAGCCAAUGUUACUUCUGAUGAUAACGAUUCGCAGAGCAAUGAAACUUCAGCGAUAGUUAUCGAGAACGAGAGUAAGGAUGCCCUUUUGCCAGAGCCACCUCCAGAUUACGAUCUACAUUUCGUUCCAGAUGUAAGCAUGGACGAAGAAGCGCCCACCUUACCACCCAGAAGUGGAUCUUUCCACCAGCGGAGUAGGCCUACUUCACCAUGGCACGAUGUGCCAACCAACAACCAACCAGUGCUAGUCUGCUCAGCACACGAGAACGAAGACAAACCCCCUCCGCUGCCAGUCAAGAAGAGGAAGUCAACCCUACGCAGUUCGUCUUCCAUAGGAAGUGCAACCGAAAAUGUGUCACCUCACUCCUCCACAACACUGUCUCUGUCUGUCAAUGAUGCAGCAGCCAAGAUGCACUCCCAGUUCGAUUCUCUGGAAGGCAUUGCCGAUUCUGUGUUUGCUCCUGAGCAUGACAAUUCGAAACAGGAUAGCGGGGAUGAAAGUCCAGUCUAUGAUGUGCCACGAUUGCAUGGGUCAUUGAUAUUAAGAAAGGAGUCUCUGCAAGACAGUUUAAUGCCUACUCAUUUCUUGAACAACAGUAACUUGGACCUUCACAAAGCACCAAGCCACACCUUUGAAGAAGAUUCUUUGGAUGUGAAUCCCGCAUUGUGGCGAACAAACGACCUGGACCAGAACUUCACUCCUGAUUCCCUGGAAUGUGAUCAGCACAUGUGGUCAGCAGCGAGCGGCGCGGAUGCAUUCCACAUGACGUGGACAACCAACAUCGAGGACAGCCACGCCCAGUUGUCCAAGCCAUUCCUAUCCACGCGCCAAAAGUCUUACGACGAUCUACCAAUCAAAGGCCAGGAUUUGGCCAGUCCGGUAGAGCUUGCAACUAACUGAUGGCUUUCAAUUUCAAAACGAGAAAAAAAUAUUUCAAGCCUCAAUAAUUAUUUUAUUUUUGUUGAUAGUGAUAAGUAAUAUUAUUGUCCACUAUAUGAACUUCAAGAAUCAAUUUAUGACAUUUAUUGAACUCAGUAGAACAGAUCAACUUGAAGUUUUUAUAUAUGAUUAUUACAACAACAGACUAAAAGUUUUGGUAAAUGUACAAUAAUGGAAAAAUUUCAAGUUGUGAUAUUUCUGAGCUGAGAGCUAGAGUGAUAAAACAAAAACAUAUUACACAAUAUUACAGUAUAUACCUGUUAUUAUACAUCGUAUUGUUAUACUAUUGAUUACUUUAUGGGAAGUCGAAGGAAUAUAGUAGUUUUCAGAAAACCUAUUUUAUAUUUGUGAUGACUACCUAUUUGUAUUAAAUUAUUUAUAUUUAUAUCUUCAAUAACUAAUUUUUAUGGAAUGUAUCUUCAUGUUUGUUGUUUUUAGACUGUUCUUUGUAAAUAGAUAUUUGCUUCAAGUUACUUGGUUAUUCUGAAGACGAAGGAAGCACUAUCUUAUCAUAUUUUGUUAUUUGUGUAAAACUUAUGGAUAAUAAUUAUUAUUGAUUACACAAUCAAUAAAUGUAAACAAAAAACCGGAAA